UAUACUACUGAUCAUUGUUUGCGUGGAGGUACAAUGGAACCGAACAGUAGCCGCUCGGUCUCUGGCGAUAGCUCCGAGCGCAACAACAUCUCGACGAACACAUUCCAAAUUUGGGAAACUACCGUGCGGUUGGCACAGAUUCAAACGCUCAUCGACAAACUUUGUCUCGCGACUUGUCCCGAUGAGGCGAUGAUAUGCUUCCUGCAGGAAACCGACGGCCAGUCUAUGCUGGACAUUAUUUCCGACGAUGAAGAGGAGGACGAAACGGAACCCCAGCUUCGCGGCAAGAAUUCACUAAAACGAAUGAUUCAAGAUAUGUACUCACGGCCCCAGAUGAUCGGUACGGUCAAAAUGAUCCUUUACCAUUGUCUCACCACGAUGGCAGAAAAGCUCACGCAGGACAUAAAGUUUCGUUCGGAAAAUGCCGAAUUUUUCGACGAUCUUGAGUUGGUCCUUAGUCGAAUGACUGAUGAGGCUGCCGAAAGCACCAAACGCGAAAUCAUGCAAUAUUUGUCGGUAGCGAAAAAACGACUAGCUAGACGAAAACGGGUACGGGAUCAGUUAAACCAACAGCAGCAACAACAGGAACCGUCAUCGUCCUCGUCGUCCUCUACGUCGUCUUCUUUGACGCCCGAAUGUAGAGUCUCUCCACCGUACGGUUCUUAGGGUGCGGAGGGAUUUAGGGUUCAAAGGGGAUAUCUACCAUGUCCCACUUCUCCAGCUACUAGAAUCGAACUUUGAGUGGGGAAAUUAGUUUAAUUUUUAUUUAUAUUAUUUUGCUGUUUCCUUUACGAAAAAUCGGUGCGAUCGAUUGCGUUUUCACGCUACGAUAGUCUGCUGUCUUUUCC